GAGCCAUUGUGUUUCCUUCGCCCUCUCCGUUUCUCUCUCUCUUUCUCCGAGAUCAAUAAUUGCGAUCCUCCAUUUCGUUCGCCGGCCUCGCCUCUGGCGAUCCCGAUCGCAGUACGAUUGACGACGUCAUCGACUAGGGAAGGUGGGCCGCCUAAAGAGGAGUUAGGUGCCCCUGAUGGAGGCGGCGCGAUCGGCGUCAGCGGAGGACAUGGCGAUGGCGGACGCGCCGGCGGAAUCGGAGGAGAGGAAGGUGGAAAGCGAAGAGGACGAGGAGGCGCUGGUCGCCAGGGCGCAGAAGCUGAUGGAUAAGCUCCUCGACACUCUUGAGAAUCCUAACCCUAAGCUACUCUAUGCCCUCGCUUCGAUGCUGGAGGCUCAAGAAUCGAGAUACCUUGAGGAAUCUACAACUUCAUCCUUGAGCAAUGGCCGCUCUUCUCACACUAUUGCGAGGUUGGUUAACUUAGUGCAGGACAAUGAAGAUUUUUAUGAUGCCAUAUCAUCCAAAUUUUUAUCAGAAAACAGAUACUCUGUUGCUGUUCGUGCAGCUGCUGCAAGGCUGAUUCUUAGUUUAUCUUCAAGUUGGAUCUACCCACAUGUUUUUGAUGAUGUUGUCUUGGAUAACAUUAAAACCUGGUUGACGGAUGACAAUUUGGUCUCAAGUGACGGAUGUAGACAAAAGGGUGGAUUUGGAGAUGAUACGCCAACAGAAUCAGAAUUGUUGACAACUUAUGCUACAGGACUUCUCGCUAUAGCAUUGGUCAGUGGUGGUCCAAUUGUUGAAGACAUCUUAACAUCAGGUUUGUCAGCAAAGUUCAUGCGCUAUUUACGUACACAGGUACUUGGAGAUGCCUAUCCUGGUCAAAAAAAUGUCACAUAUCCAGCUGAAUCUACUAGGCAUGGUUCAGUUUCUACCCAUGUUAGAGGUCGAGAAGAAAAUAGACUCAGAUCACGGGAGUGCUCAGAUCCUUGUUUGGAAGUACCAAGAGUUUCAGAUCAAGGGAUGUCAGAUGAUUUAUAUGUUAAUCAGGAUUGUGAAAGAGGAACCAGGCAAGUGGAUUCAGGCAAAUACUGGAGUGGAGAUUCACUGAAUUCUGAGCUAACUGAUUCAUCAACAAUGGUUGGUGGUGCAUAUGAGGUGGCUGAGGAAAAUGAUGAUCUCACCGAAUGGCAGGAUAAGAACUUGCUUGAUGGGAGGUCAAAAUAUGCUGAAAGGCUUAUUGCUGCAAGAUCAGUUAGAGAUGAUGAUCCUGAAAGUAUGAGGGAUGACUUGUCCAAGCGAAGGAUCAUCAAGGGUCUACAAAGGAGUAGAACAAAAACAAAGGUUACUGAAGGUAAUUCAGAUACUGACAGGAUAUUGGCAUCACCUGAUUCUGGACUACGAGUUGGUGGGAGUGGUAGAAUUGGCAGGGACAGAAAUUUCCUAAUCCAUGAAGAGGCCAAAAAAUCUGUUGAUCUUAAGAACAUGCCAAGUAGGCUUGACUGCGAAGGUUUGGUUUCUGGAGAGGAGGAAGAUGACCGUUUGAUGGACUGUAAUAUUGGCUCAAAAGAUAUAUCUGAAAUAGUAAAGAAAGCAAUUGGAGCUGCUGAAGCUGAAGCAAGAGCUGCUAAUGCUCCUCCAGAAGCAAUAAAAGCAGCAGGAGAUGCUGCAGCUGAACUUGUGAAGACUGCUGCAGUAGAGUCAUGGGAAAAUACAAACGAUGAAGAAGCUGCCAUUUCAGCUGCUACUGCAGCUGCAUCUACUGUGGUUGAUGCUGCUAUUGCUACAGAGGUCUCAAGGAGUGAAUGUCAAAUUGAUGAUAAUUUAAUGGCAUCCAAGGCUACAGAAGUGGAAGAGGAUGAACAGCCCUUAGAUAUAAUCAUCUUGGAUAAAGUGAUUCUGGCAAGACUUAGACAAAAAUAUUGCAUUCAGUGCCUUGAAACUCUGGGAGAAUAUGUUGAAGCUUUUGGUCCUAUUCUACAUGAAAAGGGUGUUGAUGUCUGCCUUGCCUUGUUGCAAAAGAGCUUCGAAGAAAAACCGAGUCGUUUAGCUUUACUGCCAGAAGUGCUCAAACUUAUAUGUGCCUUAGCUGCCCAUCGCAAAUUUGCUGCAUUAUUUGUUGAUCGUGGUGGAAUGCAAAAACUUCUUUCUGUCCCUAGAGUUUUGCAGACUUACUUUGGUCUUUCAUCAUGCUUAUUUACCAUUGGUUCUCUCCAGGGUAUUAUGGAACGUGUCUGUGCGCUUCCAUCUGAUGUGGUGGGUAAGGUGGUUGAGUUAGCUCUUCAGCUUCUGUUAUGUCCCCAAGACCAAGCUAGAAAAAAUGCAGCUAUCUUUUUUGCUGCUGCUUUUGUGUUCAGAGCAGUUCUGGAUGCCUUUGGCGCACAGGAUGGCUUGCAGAAAAUGUUAAAUCUCUUGCACAGUGCUGCCACAGUUCGAAUGGGUGGGAAUUCUAGCACGCCAGUGAUAUCUGACACAGUUCUCAGAAAUGAUCGAGCAGAAGUACUUAGUGCAUUGGAAAAGCAGAUUGCUUAUCAUACCUGUGUUGCAUUACGGCAAUAUUUUAGAGCCCAUCUUCUCUUGCUUGUAGAUUCUCUUCGUCCAAAUAAAAGUAAUAAAACUAUGGCACGAAAUGCUCCAAGUGCAAGGGCUGCAUAUAAACCACUUGACAUCAGCAAUGAGUCUAUGGAUGCAGUGUUUCUUCAGAUACAACGUGAUAGGAAGCUAGGACAUGCUUUUGUAAAAGUUCGUUGGCCUCCAGUUGAUAAAUUUUUGGCAAAUAAUGGUCAUAUAACCAUGUUGGAGUUGUGUCAGGCGCCACCUGUUGAGCGCUAUCUGCAUGAUUUGGCCCAGUAUGCAUUAGGUGUUCUUCAUAUUGUCACUUUCAUACCCUAUAGCCGGAAAUCAAUUAUUUCUGCUACUUUGAGCAACAACCGUUUUGGUAUGGCAGUUAUUUUAGACUCAGCUAAUGGUGCCGGUUAUGUUAAUCCUGAGGUAAUCCAUCCAGCAUUGAAUGUCUUGAUUAUUAUAAAUUCUGAGGUGUGGGAUCUUCGGAAAUUCAAGCUUUUGAGAACAGUGCCCUCUCUGGACCAGACGGUAAUUACAUUCAAUGGUGGUGGAGAUGUCAUAUAUGCAACUCUUAGGCGCAACCUUGAAGAUGUUACAUCAGCUAUUAAUACUCGUCGUGUCCGACACCCACUGUUUCCAGCCUUCCGCACCAUUGACGCAAUGAACUAUACUGACAUUGCAACUGUCCAAGUUGACCGUUGCAUACUCGACUUUGCCACUGACAACACUGACACCUUUGUUGGGGUUGUCGCAAUGGAUGAUCAUGAUGAGGUGGUCUCCUCUGCAAGGCUCUUUGAAAUUGGGAGGAGGAAACCAACUGAUGAUGAUUCUGACCCUGACGAUGGAGGUGAAACUGAUGAUGAGGAUGAAGAAAAUGAUGAAUCUGAUGCAGACGUGGACGCUAUAUUAGAAGCCGAGUUCGAUGCAGGUGAAGAUAGUGACUCAGAAGGCACGAGCAACGACGAGGAAGAUGAGGAUGUUGACAGUGCAGAUGAACUAGAUGAAGAUGCAGAUUUCAAUCUUGAGAAUGAAGAGGAACAGGGGCUGUUGGAGUUGAUUGCCGAGGGCGACGAGGAUGGCGAUGAAGAUUAUGGUGAGGCAGGUGGAUCUUUAAGCAGUGGAGAUGAAGGAGAUUUUGCUUUCUAGAUCCAUAUGGGCCAUUGAACAAUAGUGGUUUCAUCAAUGUAAUUACCACAAUAUUUCUGGAAGUAGAAUCUAUGAGGAACUCAUAAUUGUAAGUAAAAUAGAUUAGUGGGAGAGUGAGUUCAAUGGGGAACUAACAUCUUGACUCCUUGGUAAGGAAAAAAAAAAACUUUAUUCAA